GACACAGACUGUUAAUGUGAUAAAAACGGAAAUGAAAUAAACGACAAUAGGAGUGCGGUUCAAUUCUAAUGUAACACUGGGAAAGAAAAAUAUUACAGUUGCACUGAUAGUAAGAAUGAUAGUGUUAGAGCAAGGAAUAAUGAUAACGAGAAAAUCGCAGUGAAUUACAGAGUCACAGCUCAGCACGUCAAUGGAUACGUAAAACAGGACUAGAUAAUACUGUACAUUUUUAGAGUUUUGUGGUAUCGCUUUGAACAUUUUGACUUCGUUUGCGACUAAUUCGUGGUAGAAGAAUUAAUAGAUAUUCGCAGUAUGAUCGAAAAAAAAACAAUUUUCGCUCCGAAAUGCGCCUGCAUUCAGUAGACAAUGUUUUGUUUUUAUUAUUUACCGGCAGGUGAGCAACAGGUGAGUCGCCGGGUACUUCAGCCGCUGACCCCAAGCUCAUCACAUUUUUUGGCAACUUUCUCCGUUAAUAAAGGAGUUUUUGACAAAAAACAGACGUAGAGUAGUGUAAUGGCUGAUGUUUAUACAAAUCCAGACAAACAUGUGGUCCUUCACAACAAUGUUAAAAUGCCUAUUCUUGGUUUAGGCACUUCACACAAUGGUGGAUAUAGUCAUUCAGCUGUUGUGUAUGCAUUAAAAGAUUGCGGGUAUAGACAUAUUGAUACAGCCAAGAGAUACGGUUGUGAAGCUUACAUUGCUAAAGCUGUAAAGGAAUCAGAAGUCCCUCGUGAUGAAAUCUUCUUGGCGACAAAGUGUUGGCCCACUGACUAUGGGACUAUUGCUACUCGAAAUGCCUUCAAUGGUUCCUGCGAAAAACUGGGGUCAGAUUACAUAGAUCUUUAUCUCCUGCAUUGGCCUGAUGUGCCUUCAAGUGUGAGUGACAGAAACCGCCUCUUGCAAGAGACAUGGCGGACACUAGAGGUGUUGCUGGAUGAGGAACGUGUGAGAGCCAUUGGGGUCAGCAACUUCCUUGAACGACACCUUGAUGUGAUUCUUGAGGAAUGUUCUGUGGUUCCUCACAUCAACCAGUGUGAGUUCCAUCCAUUCAAUAACCCCAAGCAAUUACGCGAAUAUUGCUCUGAAAGGAAGAUACAAUUUGAGGGUUAUUCCCCUCUAGCAAAAGGUUAUGCUCUUGCGGACUCCACGGUGAAAGCUAUUGCUAAACAUCAUAGACGGAGCCCAUCACAGGUUCUACUAAGGUGGUCUCUGCAGUGCAGGGUUCCUGCUAUACCUAAAUCAACCAAAGUGCAGCGGGUGAUGGAAAAUGCCCAGGGUUACUGUCCGCUAGGUAAUGGACAAAUUCUCGCAGACCCAAAAAUUAAAGAAAUUGCAGAGAGGCAUAACAGAUCCCCAGCUCAGGUUCUCAUUCGUUGGAAUCUCCACAAUAGAGUUGUAUGCAUCCCAAAAUCAACCAGGGAACACAGGGUCAAAGAAAACUCAGAGAUAUUUGACUUUGCUCUCACCGACGAGGACAGUGCAAUACUGGACAACAUGGCUCAGAAGCUGACAAUCAUGGAACGCAGUACAAUACAACACAAAAUUGAUAAUCCUCUACCUGAUGGAUACAAGUUGAAGAUGGUUAAAAUACCUGCUGAGCCAUAAGCAUCAGUAUUAUGGAUUUGAAACUUGAAAGGUUGAUUUCUUUUAUGUAGUAUCCUCAUUUGUCAUUAAAAGAAUAACUCUUAUAUUCAAACUUACAUAAAAUAUAAAGUAUGAUUUGCAAUUGCAUUAAAUAAUUCAGUGAAGGAUACUUUGUGAAACAUCACCCAACUGAACCAAAUUUCAGAUAUUAAUGUUCCAGUAUAUGUUUAUUUUAUCAUGCAAAACCAUUAAUUAAUUUGAUUAUACCACAAUCUCUGUCUGUCAAACCUAUAUAAAGAUAUUCAGGCUUUAUUAGUCUUGGUACUUUGGGCCAAUUCUACCAUGCAGCUCUAUUUGUGCUUACUGAAUAAUACAUGAAAAUAUGCACCAUUAGUAAUAUUGAUGGUAAUGACUGUCUGCAUGAGUGGUUGUAAUGGAAAGUAUGAUGGUCUGGUGUGUGGGUAUGGAUGUGAAUGUGGGUACAUGCUUGCAUGCAUUUGUUUGUUUGUUAAAAUGCACACAGGCAUGUCUGCCUGUUCUGGGAUUUUGUUUACAAAGGAUCUUUAACAAUUUUAAUGUAUCUUGCUUUAUUUGUACAUGAGGAUAUGUAACAUUCUUUAAUAAUGUUUCCAGUAUAUUUAUUUUUUCUCAAAAAGUUGUGAUAGCUAAAUUACAUUAUGCUUAAACAGGUAUUUAUCCAUUAUUUGGUUAAAAUUUAGGCUGAAGACAAAAGUGUGGGGUGAAAUAACUUAGCAAGGUCAACAAAGUAAUUAAAAGUGUUUGCCAUUUUUCUGAAAAGGCACCUUUAGACAAGAGAAAGAACUCUUUACAUUUUAUUUUAGCAUGUUUUAUGUGAUGUAUGUAUAAAGCUUUAUUUAUUAUGCCAACUAAUGGUUAAUAGACAUUAAAUAUUGUAAUAAUUUUAAUGGUGAGAAAUGUAGCAAACAUUAUUUUAUUGAAUGUGAUUUUUUUAUAAUAAAAUAUUUAUCAUUAUU